ACGAUAUGGAUGACGUUCCUUGCUAGUGCAGGUGUGGGAUUGUGUUUAGCACCGCGAAAACAGACUGCAAAAGGAGAAGGGAGGGAGAAGGGUUCGACCAAUACCGACAGCACCGAGGCCGAAGAAAUCCUCCAGCGCGUCUCGCCAGUGGACCAGUAUCUCCCGACCCGAGCACAGUGCUCGUCCGGUCUGUUGCUUUCUUCUUCCAUCCGAGUUUCCGCCGGGCCGGAGGUGGGACGUACACCAUGUGCGAACGCCCUUGACCAUCUUCCCAGCCGUACCGUACGUCACACCCCGCGUUUCCCCUGUUGCUGACGAGUACACCGCCGCUAGUUCGGUCGGUGCUUUCUGAUUGAAUUGACAUUCAAGUGACAUUCUCGUGCCAGUGCGAACGUCGGCCGCCUCCGCCGUGCAAAGGAAAAGUUCGUCUCGCCAGCCGACACACACACACACACGCGCGCGCACGCAAUCACGUACUGUCGGGAGCUCGAGACGGGUACGGGUGAAAAUUUCCCCUCGCUCGCUCGAGUUCUUCUCCCAUCACUUCUCCCCAUCCCCUUCUGUGCUUCGAAAAGAAAAAAAGGAAAAACACAGUGUCCCGAAAAGUGCUACUGCUUGUUUUGCCCAACCGAAUCGGUUUACGUUGCCGAAAUCAAUCAACCUUCCUGUGGCCAGCCGCCGACCGUGUGCAAGAAAGAAAUCAACCGAAGCUACAAUCAAACCUAGCCAAUUUUUUUUUGGAGUCGACCGAGUGGUCGGGUGACGUGAAACAUCCCACGAGUCAGUGAAACGAGAGGACAGCUUAUCCGCCCGAUUCGCUUACCAGCAGGCUCCUCCAGCGUUUCCCGUUCCCAGCGGCCAGAAUGCGUAGCCGGAGCAAUUCCGGGGUUCGCCUCGACUACUACCAGCGGAUCGUGCAUCGGCUGAUCAUGCGCCACCAGCAACCGGUGACCGGGCUGUUCCCGGCCAGCCCCCAAACGCAGCACGCCUGGAUUCGCGACAACGUGUACUGCAUACUGGCCGUCUGGGGGCUGUCGAUGGCGUACAAGAAGAUCGCGGACCAGGACGAGGACCGGGCGAAGGCGUACGAGCUGGAGCAGUGCUGCGUGAAGCUGAUGCGCGGCCUGCUGAUGGCGAUGAUGAACCAGAAGGAAAAGGUGGAGCGCUUCAAGACGUCGCAGAACCCGCUCGACUCGCUGCACGCCAAGUACUCGAGCCGCAACGGCCAGAUCGUGGUGGGCGACAGCGAGUGGGGCCACCUGCAGAUCGACGCCAUCUCGCUCUACCUGCUCAUCCUCGCCCAGAUGACCGCGUCCGGGCUGCAGAUCGUGUUCUCGCUCGACGAGGUCGCGUUCAUCCAGAACCUGGUGUUCUACAUCGAGUCGGCGUACUGCAUCCCGGACUACGGCAUCUGGGAGCGGGGCGACAAGUCGAACCACGGCCAGCCGGAGCUGAACGCGAGCUCGAUCGGCAUGGCGAAGGCGGCCCUGGAGGCGAUGAACGAGCUCGACCUGUUCGGGGCGCGCGGCGGCUCCGGCUCGGUCAUACACGUGCUCGCGGACGAGGCGCACAAGUGCCAGGCGGUGCUGCAGUCGAUGCUGCCGCGCGAAUCGAACAGCAAGGAGCUGGACGCGGGCCUGCUGUCGGUGGUCGGCUUUCCCGCGUUCGCGUGCGACGACCCGCAGCUGAUCGAGACGACGCAGGAGGCGAUCAUAACGCGGCUGCAGGGCCGGUACGGCUGCAAGCGGUUCCUGCGCGACGGCUACAAAACGCCGAAGGAGGACAACACGCGCCUGUACUACGAGCGGUGGGAGCUGCGCAUGUUCGAGAAGAUUGAGUGCGAGUGGCCGCUGUUCUUCUGCUACCUGAUACUGAACAAAGCGUUCCAGAACGACAAGCAGGCGGUGGCGGAGUACUCGCAAAAGCUCGAGGACAUACUGGUGAAGACGGAGGAGGGCAUGAAGCUGAUACCGGAGCUGUACGCGGUGCCGGAGAAGGCGGUGGCGGCCGAGUACCAGGCGCCCGGCAGCCAGCAGCGCGUCGUGGUCGGCCGCUGCCCGUUCCUGUGGGGCCAGUCGCUCUACAUCCUCGGGAAGCUGCUGCAGGAGGGUUUCCUUGCCGUCGGCGAGCUGGAUCCGCUGAACCGGCGGCUCGGGGCCCAGAAAAAGCCGGACGUGGUCGUGCAGGUGGUGAUACUGGCGGAGGACAACGACAUACGGGACAAGCUGGCGGAGCACGGCAUCCAGGUGCAGACGAUCGCGGACGUGGCCCCGAUCGAGGUGCAGCCCGCCCGCGUGCUCAGCCACCUGUACACGUACCUCGGGCGCAACAAGAAGCUGGGCCUGUCCGGGCGCAAGUCGCGCGACGUCGGCAUACUCAGCACCAGCAAGCUGUACUCGCUCAAGGAUCGCAUCUUUGCGUUUACGCCACAGUUCUCCGACGUGAACCGAUUCUAUAUCGCGUCCGACAACGAGCUCAUGAUCGAUCUGCUAAAGGGCGAGAUCAACUUUCUGAAGUCAGCGUGGCAGAAUCUGCUCGGCCGCCCGCUGCUGACGCUGGUGCUGAAAACCGUACAUCUAGAUAACAACAAGGUGCCGCUGGCAAUGAUCCAAACGAUGAAGAAGCUCAAGUCGGGCUACAUCAGCGGUACGCGCGUCAUCCUCGGCAAUUUGGGCGACUUUAUCAACACGUCCGCCAUCACGGAUCUGAGCUUUCUCGGCAGCCAGGAGGACGGCUACCCGGACAAAUUGAAUCCCGCCGUGCAGGCGUACCUGGACGAGCAUCUGCUGCGCUCGUUCAGCCACCGGGCAUCGACCACCUCGAUCCGGUCGUCCGGCCUGCGGCCGAAAAAUCUGCGCCGCCGCAUGUCGGUCAAGGGUGCGAUCAAGAAGACGCGCUCGAUCAACGUCGACUCGGAAACACUCGGCAUGGAGGGUAAUGUGACCGAGCGACGCCUGUCCCACGUGACACCCCAGUGGCUCGAGCCGAACCAGACAACGGUCGGUGCUGCUGGUGCUGCUGGUGUUGGCACUGGUGCUGCGGCCACUGGGCCAUCCGGCGGUUCGCCAACAUCGCGCGAUCCUUCCCCGAACACGCAGGCCCAGCAGCAGCAGCAGCAGCAGCAGCAACCGCGGUACGGUACGGAGCGUGUGUCGCUCGACGACGACGGCAAAAAGCUGCACAUCCAAACGUCGGCAACUGCGGCCAUGCCAAAGAUACACAUUCAGCCGCUGCCGCGCCAUCGGCCCACCACGGAGACCAACUUUGAGAACACCGAGGUGGAGGAGCUGAUUGCCAUGCUGCGCGAGACGGAGAAUCUCGAGGAGCAGGGCGACAUACUGCAGCAUCUGGUCGAUACGCAGGGGCUCGAUUUCAACACCGAGUUAACUGCGGGCGCUAAUGAAGAUUCCCCUUCCCAAGGCAUGCUGGAGGAGGGCAGGGUAGUGACGGUGCGCGGUCUGCUGAAGGGCCUGUACGAGAAGGCGUGCCAGCAGAAGAUGUGGGGCCUGGUGCGCCACACCGCCGGCAUGCUCGGCAAGCGGGUCGAGGACCUAGCGAAGGCCGUUACCGAUCUGCUCGUGCGCCAGAAGCAGGUUACGGUCGGCAUGCCGCCGAACAGCGAGCACACGAUAACGGCCCCGCUGCCCGAGAUGGAGCUGCGCGCCGUCAUCCACGAGGCGUACGGGGACGACGAGAGCACGGCGAUGCUGUCCCAGGAGCUGCUCGUCUAUCUCGCGAUGUUCAUCCGCACCGAGCCGCAGCUGUUCCACGAGAUGCUGCGGCUGCGCGUCGGCCUGAUCAUCCAGGUGAUGGCGAAGGAGCUGUCCCGCACGCUCAACUGCGACGGCGAGCAGGCCUCGGAGCAUCUGCUCAACCUGUCGCCGUUCGAGAUGAAGAACCUGCUGCACCACAUCCUGAGCGGCAAGGAGUUCGCGAUCAACAGCGUCGCCCGCGGCAACAUCUCGAUCGUGAGCUGCAAAUCGAGCCGGGUGAGCAAGAAGAGCCAGAUCGGCAUCGGCGAGCCGGAGGCGGCCGAGGGCUCGCUGAUCGACGACCGGCAGGGGCAGUGGCUGCGGCGCCGCCGCCUCGACGGCGCCCUCAACCGGGUGCCGCGCGACUUCUACCCGCGCGUCUGGACGGUGCUGGAGCGCUGCUCCGGGCUGGCGAUCGAGGGCCGCAUCCUGCCGCAGAGCCUCACGCAGGAGAUGACACCGAACGAGCUGAAGUUUGCGCUCGAGGUGGAGACGGCGCUGAACACGAUCCCGCAGCCCGAGUACCGGCAGCUGGUGGUGGAGGCGCUGAUGGUGCUGACGCUCGUCACCGAGCACAACAUACUCGCGUCGAUCGGCACGAUCAUCUACGUCGAGCAUCUGGUGCACCGGGCGAACCAGCUGUUCCUGGAGGAUCAGCGCAAAAGCCACGGCGACGCGAUGCUGUGCUGCGCGAAGAACAAGGACGUGCGGGAGACGACCACCGCCGGGCUGCUGCUGUGCGGCGGGGCCGCCUACAUCUGCCAGCACCUGUACGACAGUGCGCCGAGCGGCAGCUACGGCACGAUGACGUACAUGGCCCGGGCGGUCGCCUCCGUGCUGGAGCUGCCGAAGCACGGCGACAUGGACUGCACCAUCUCGUAAGAUGGGGGUGGUGUGCGGCUGUUUUGUUUUCUUUUUUUUAUUUCCGUUCAGCUGUGUGUGUGUGUGUGUGUGUGUUUACUUAAUCGAAGCGAGAAGAGGAAGAUGCUUAAUUGAACCCGG